AUGACGGAUUGGGCAGAGCAAGACCCGUCGGCCGACCGGAUCGGCCAAUUGCUCGAAGAAAUCAAACAAGCAGUCUACGAGUAUGGCGAAGUACAUCGCGCUCAAGGCAUGGACGAAAACGAACACCAACCUACUCUCCACCAGCACUCAAAGUAUAUCUACGGCCUAACAAAAGAGUAUCUCAGCUACGAUCCCAGUCACGCAGGCAUCCGUAAGUUGUACAGGUGGUUCGGUCAGACCAUCCGAGGCCUAUUUCCUGGCCAUCACAACCUACAGCCAGAGCAGCACAAGCCGUACCAUCGAGACGUGGCCGUCGGCCAGGAUGAUGAAGAAAAUAUGUCCGACAUGGAUCCAGACCUAAUGGACGACAGUGACGAUGAAUAUGACGGUGGUCAUGGGGAUGAUCAGGGCAACGGUGAUGAUCAGCACGAUCAGCACUACGACGAUGGUUAUCAUGACAAGCAUCCUGAGGAUGACUGUUGCUGCGGAGGACAUCAUGGUCGACGUCACCACGGACAUCAAGAUGGCUGGAAUAGCAAGGGGGAAGACGAUGGCCACGAGGGGUGGGAUGGAAACGGAGGUCACGACGCCCAGGACAACGGAGAUUACGACCAAAAUAACGAUUGGAAUGAUCAGGGCGAAGACGGUCAAUAUAGCCACCACGACGGAGGCGAUUAUGGGGACGAAGGGCAUCAGCAUGAGCAUCAGCAUGAGCAUCAGCAUGAGUAUCAGCAUGAGCAUGAGCACCAAGAUCAACAUCAACACCAAGGCCACGGCCAGUGGGGAGACGAUUAUUAG